AUGGGAGGUUUCUUAUCUCAUUUGACACCGGAGGAGAAUGUGGAAGUGGUGAAAGCAACGUGUGGACCGGUUCGGGGAAAUGUUUACAAACAUAACGACGUCAUCGUCGAUGGUUAUCUUGGGAUCCCAUACGCCAAGCCACCUGUUGGUGAACUUCGUUUCAAGAAACCAGUCCCAGUUGAUACCUGGACGGAGCCCAGAGACUGCUACAAAUAUGGACCAGUUGCUAUUCAAACUGGAGGCUUUGAAGAGAUGCUUGGGCCUAGAAAAGACGAGCCAGACGAGGCGAAUUGUCUCACUCUGAAUGUCUUUGCUCCACGUACUCCAUCUGCGGAGUUUAAAUCUGGUCGACCGGUUAUGUUUUUCAUUCAUGGAGGUGGCUACGAACUCUGUGGAUCAUCUGAUUUCUGUGCCUACUCUCUUUCAGGAACUCUUCCACUAAAAGAUGUUGUUGUUGUCACUCUCAACUAUCGUCUUGGUGUCUUAGGCUUUUUGACAACUGGAGACGAUGUAUGCAGGGGAAAUUUCGGAUUGUGGGAUCAAACUCUCGCUCUGAAGUGGGUCCAGAAUCACAUAUCUUCCUUCGGUGGAGAUCCAAAUUGUGUGACUGUUCUGGGACAAAGUGCAGGCGGAGCUAGCACUGAUUUGCUGUCGUUGAGUCCACACUCCAGAGAUCUCUUCCAAAGAUUCAUCCCAAUUUCUGGAUCUGCUCACUGCGACUUUGCCAUCAGAACAUCUGAAAAUCAAGCCAAGGUCUUCAGAGAGUUUGCUACGUUCCAUGGGUUCAAAGGUGGAGAUUCGAGAGCUCUUCUCAGUUGGUACGAAUCAAUGCCCUCUGACACUUUAAGAAAUGUAAAAAAAUUCAAAAAGUCAGUCUCUGGUUUUCUGACAUUUAUUCCCAAUUUGGAUGGAGAUUUCUUCCCCAAACCACUCGAUGAGCUGAGGAGGGAAGCACCAAAAAAACAGAUGAUGACUGGAGUUGAUGAGUACGAAGGCCUCAUGUUGGCAAUGAUGAAUCCUGCCUUCAAUCCAGCUGAUCAAGGAUUGCGUUUGACUUCAGAAGAAUUGUAUGGUGGGGAUGUAGUGAGCAACCCAAAGGAAGCUCAAACUAUUUUCUAUGAAACCUAUACUCGUGGCGUGGAUCAAACUGAUGAAGUUGCCAUGAAAAAGAAAUUAUGUGAAGCUGUGGGAGAUGAAUUCUUCAAUGUAGGAGUUCUCCAAGCUGCAAAGGCUGCUGCAAAGUAUGGAAACGAUGUUUAUUUGUAUACAUUUGCUUAUACUAAUCCAGAAGGAUUUGGAAUGUGGGAUGGUAUGCUUCCUUUCAAAGCCGCUGUACACUGCACAGAACUUCGUUAUCUACUCGGAGAAGGAAUCUAUUCGAAAUUUGACGCAACCGAGGACGAUUUGAAAAUGAUGGAGAAAACUACAACCAUUUUCUCAAAUUUUGCAAAGUAUGGAAAUCCAAAUGGCAAAGAUAAAUAUUCAUAUGAAUGGGAAAAAUACAGUUUGGAUCGUCCGGAACGUCAUUUCCAUAUCUCUUAUCCGACAUGUGAAAUGAGAGAUGUUUAUCAUGAAGGAAGGAUCCAAUUUUUGGAGAAACUUGACGGCGAAAGUGACAAAUAUCAGGAAUUGGUGUACGGAAAGAAGAAAUCGGCCAAGAUUUAA